UUCUGUUUCAACGGGGACAUUUAUUUAAUCCCUACUGCACUUCAUGUCCUGUUUACUUUCUUUUUUUUUGUGACUCAUUAAAUCAGAGGUGAGGUUUGUUGUUUAAAAGAGGCGGCAGGUGGACACCGCUAUAAACUAAGCUGUAAGAUCUCGAAGUGUCUCUUAACGGAUUCUUUACGUUGCUUCACAACAGAUGGGAUGUUUGUAAUGACAAGACGUUCAAGUGAGGGCUUGCUUUGAACGUGAAGGCAGGAAAUAACGCACGCAGCCCCGCUCAAUGGCACAAUGUGCGCAAUAGGGAAGUGAACCUCGGCUGCUUUUCUGCACUGCUGAAAGUUCUCUACCCUGUUCUCGAAGUCAACUUUCUCUACGUCAGAAAUAAAGAAAGAAGAAAACCCACUUUUUACAGAAGGAAACGACGUCGGAUCUUAAAGCGAGUUCUUGAUGCAGAAGUACUAGAAAAGGAGGAUGGUCGGCGUGUAGGAGAUUUUUUGAGAAGGGAGAGAAGGAAAAGGCGACGACGAAAACUGUUUCUACACGUAAGCUUUAUAAAAGAACUGCCUAAUUAUGGCUCAGUGGUUGGAGAUGAGUUACGUCCUGACUAACAUGGACGAUGAGCGAAUCAACUCGCUCUAUCCGCCAGACACCUUCCCGAUUGAAAUCAGGCAUUAUCUUUGCCAAUGGAUGGAAGAAAAAGAUUGGGAAGGCUUCAGCCCAGACCAGCCGGACAAAGAGCCGCUCGCGCAGGCUUUACUGAACGACGCUGUCCUCCUUUUAGAAUCGGUUGCUGAGCAGCAGAAUAUAGUGGAGAGGAUGAAGCUGUUGCAGAUAACAAAGAUUUUGAUGACUCGGCCAGCUAUGGAGUUUGCUGUGAAGAUAAGAAACAUUCUCAGGCAGGAGAAGAUGAUACUCUGUGAGAGGGUCGGUCAAAAAGGGACAGAAUUAAGGACUCCUAACUUUGAGGAUUUGAGUUUCAUGAAGAAUACAGUGCUUCAGCUCCAGGACCGCAGAAAAAAAAUUCACAGCUGUAAAGAGGACAUCAACUGGGAGAUGGUAAACUACGAAGCUAUGCAAGCCAUUCAUGCAAAGACUCCAUCAGAACAUUCACUCAGAGAACUACAGAAGAUCUCGAAGAAAAUCCAGCAGCUCAAGAUAACUCAAAGCAGUCAAAUCCGGGAAUGUUUGGGGAUGUUCACAGAGACUCUGACCAAGCUGAAACAGUGUCAGGAUAAUUUCAUCAUAAAGAUGAAUGUAUGGCGGUGGGAGCAGCACAAAUCCGUUAUAGGAUAUCCUUUCAAUGAUGACCUGACCCUUCUGCAGAACUGGUCCGAACAGCUGUUUGCGGUGAACAACAACCUUAGACAGGAGUGGCUGCUGAUCCCGGAUCUUCCAAAGGAAAUCGGAGAAAAACUGACAGUUCUUCUUCAGGAACUGAUUCAAAGCUCUUUCGUUGUGGAAAAACAACCCCCUCAGGUCAUUAAAACUCAGUCAAAGUUCUCAGCAGUUGUGAGAUAUCUGCUGGGGGAAUCAUUGGUGUCUGGGCAGCCUGUGACGAUGAAGGCACAAAUUAUUAAUGAACUCCAAGCCAGAAACGUGAACCUUGCAUUGUGUGACAAUGUCGGAGAACUCAUAAACCACACAGCAAUCCUGGAUAGAAACACAGCCACAAAGACCACAAACGCCAACUUCAGACACAUGUCCAUUAAAAAAAUAAAGCGAGCGGACCGAAAGGGAGCUGAAUCUGUGACAGAGGAGAAGUUUGCGCUGAUGUUUCUUGCAGAAAUUUUCAUCACAGGUCAUGAGACUCCUUUCAAGAUACAUAUAAACUCUCAGCCUGUGGUCGUCAUUGUUCACGGCAGUCAGGACAUCAACGCAGUGGCCACCAUCAUCUGGGAUUGUGCGUUUGCUGAACCAGACCGAGUGCCCUUUGUCGUCCCGGACCGUGUGACUUGGAAGAUGAUGGUUGAAACGCUGAAUGUUAAAUUUUGCUCAGAGGUCGGGACAAAUCACAACCUGAACCCCUACAACAAGCACUUCUUAGCUCAGAAGAUCUUUGACCAGCCUGAAUAUGCGAGUGACUUAAGUGAUUCUGUGGUUACUUGGUGCCAGUUUAAUAAAGAGGUCCUCGCGGGUCGAAAUUUCACUUUCUGGCAGUGGUUUGAGGGAGCAAUGGAUCUAACCAAGAAACAUCUGAAGCCCUACUGGAGUGAUGGGCUGAUUUUUGGUUUCAUUGGGAAGCAACAUGUCCACCUGAUUCUCAAAGAGUCUCCCAGCGGGACUUUCCUCCUUCGCUUCAGUGACUCAGAAAUCGGAGGCAUCACCAUCGCUUAUGUAGCUCAUGAGAAUGGGAUACCGAUGAUUCAGAACAUUCAGCCUUUCACUAGGAAAGAUCUUGAGAUACGCUGCCUCGGUGACCGGAUUGGAGACAUUAAUGAAAUCUUGUACCUCUAUCCAAAUGUGCCCAAAAACGAUGCUUUCAAAAAGUUCUACACAGAGCAACAGCCCACCAAUUCGGGCUACAUUCCCGUAAGUCUGCAGACCAUCGUUGGCACGGUACCAGAGCUUGAUGGAAGUCAUGUCAGUGGAGAUGCAUUACCAGACUUGAAUGGCCUCUCCAUGGACGCACACUGUGAGACCGGUCACGCAGAUGGCAUGGAUUACGACUUUUAUUUCAAUGAAUUUGCUAAGAGCUCUACUUGAUAUUAGAGACCAAAGCAGAUGCAAAGUCAAGACUCAAGACUAACUCAUCUUUUAUGACUCAAGUGAUUGUGCUGUUUUCUUCAUCGGGAUCUACAGUUUGAUUUGAUUGUAAAUAGAAACUUUUUAGGGCUAGAAUUAGCCUUUUCAGGGCCUUUUAGGCCAUUUUAAAAUGGCCACACUUCUCAAUUGAAUAUGGCUGCUGCCAUAUUCAAUGCUAAGAAGACAUAAGAAGACAAUGAGAAGACAUAACUAUGAGUUCAGUAUCGGCGCAACAUCCGUUUAAAGUGUCCAACAGCAGGAUUUUUAGCCCUACAGAACAGAACAGAACUAUGUCGAGGGCUAGAGAUUUCCUAAAUGUUGAGGUGUAAGCGAAUUUAAGCUUUUUAGUCCAAAAAAUAGAAAUUUUAAUAACAUGCAUUCUUGUCACAAAUAUUAUUCAAGAAAUCAACUUAAAAGUGAUAGACAAAGGGCGUGCUGUGGUGGCGUAGGGGAUAGCGCGACCCACAUUUGGAGGCCUAGAGUCCUCGACGCGGCCGACAUUUGCCGCAUGUCGUCCCCCCUCUCCCUCCCCUUUUCCUGUCAGCCUACUGUCAUAUAAGGGACACUAGAGCCCACAAAAGACCCCCUGGAGGGGGGUGGGGGGAAUGAUAGACAAAAGGCUUUUUAAAAAAAUUUUCUGGACUGCAUUUCUGUGUAGCUCAAGAUUUAAGUUCUAAGGCUUUAACCCUGUGCAAAUAUCAUGGCUUGCUAAUUGGUUGCUGCUUUUGAAGACAAGAUUAGCAUCUGAGCUCUGCUGGAUUUUCACAUAGUCAACAGAGCAUUUGGCAACCUGUGAUUCACAAACUUGACACCUCAACUGGAUUACUAUUAUGUGCUAGCGCUCAUUUUUGACUGCAUUAGAUCAUCUUUGGAUCAAAAUUCAAAACACUUUUGUAGGCAUUUAUAUUAAAUCUCCUCCACAUCUAGAUUAUUUUAUGUAAAGUGGAGGGAUUUAUUUCAAUUUGUUUGAGACUUCUUUAAAUUCCUCACCAGAUCCAUCAGCUGCCACAGCCGUCUUUACGAUGAACACUGUGUUAACACCACAAUUGGCUAACCAUUAUUACCCUCUGCUGCAGUUAAAAUUAGCAUCUUAUACGAAAAGGCCAUUUCACUGUUUCAACGCUGUGCAACAUUUGAUUUAUAUUUUUAUUCUAAAAUACUUUAUUUACUAAUCUUGAACUAGAUUAUUCUACACUUGGCAUAGAUUGUUUUAAAACAGUAUUAGUGAAUCUUGUCUAAUCUCGGUCUUGUGAAGACAUUGGCUGUAUCUUCCACUCCUGCUUUAAAAGUAACACCUCAAGAUAAGAACAUAAUUUGCUUAUGGCAACUAUUUUAAUGCCUAUCUUAAUUUUAACCGGUGUAUUAUGUGGGUAACAUGGAUUCCUUAAUUAGCACCCAAAAAUAUGUUGCUAGCUUAUGGACUCCCACUGACAGGUAAGAGGGAAAAGUAAGCCCUAUAUGUAAAGAAAAGGAAGUUGUAUGAUUAUUGAAUUCUAAAAAUGCUAAAAAAAAAUAAUAAUAAUUUGCUAAAAUCUUCAUGGAUGCUUUUUACUGGUGCUGUUGCUCUAGUUAUUUUUAUUUAAAUUCAACAUUAUGUGAGCCACCAUUUUCCUUUCCAGUAUUUAUCUCUGCCACAGCAGCACAACAUGACCAUUUCACAUUGAAUACUUUAAAUUGGAAUUAAAGGGGGGAUUAAACCCCUUUAUAUCCAGAAGGGAUUAAAGGGUACAUUUGUUAACUCCUCAUUAAUUUGCUUGUUUGGUUUGAUUUAGGCUAAAUAAGUGAGUUGUCAUCUACUUCAAUUUAUUGGGUGUUAUGUUUUGGUAGUCCUGCUAUUUUUUUUUUAGAUGUUGGGGGUGGUUUCAGUGACAGUGUAUGUUCUCAGUUGUAUAAACUGUCCUUACCUAAACACUUCAGUUACUCCGUGUUGAACAUUUAACCACACAAUAUUACACAAUAUUUAUGCUGAAUAGUCUGAUAGUUAGUGUUCUUUGUUGAACCUGGGUUCAGUCACAAAAGAAAACAAUAAUAAACAAUUUUUCCAUUACUGCGGACUGCAGCACUAUACCAUGGUGAUGGACGCUCAUAACAGAUGGCAGAUGCAGUAAAGUUGGCGGGCAAGACUUUAGUUAUAUCAAUGAGCUACAUUUUUUUAUACUGAUUUUAUAUAUGAAACUCUAGUUGACAGUAUUUUCAAAAAGCUUUAGCAAACACUGUUACAGUACAUUUGUACAGCUCACAUUAAAACCCAAUAGUAAACAUGAGAUAAAUCAUCAGUAUAUCAGAAAGACACAGAAACUACACCAACACGAGAGUUAGCAUGAUAGGCUAGUGAUAACAUUACAAAUGUUAAGAUUGGUUGUCCUUCUGUUGCUUGUAAAUACAUAACUGCAAAUUGGACUGGUUCUCUUUUAUUUUGUAUGAAAAGUUGUGUGAUUUAAAUACUUUAUUAGCUUAUAAGAUAGAAUGAAAUGUAGCAAAUGUUCCAACCACAAAUAAAGGGAUAGUGCGCAAUUUUUAAAAAAUUCUGUUGACACUGUACAGCAUGUUGCUAUUGUCUUACCCACAGUUGAUAACUAGUAAUCUGUCAGCAAACCCAUUUUGCAAACAUACAGAUUUGUUUUUCCCCAAGACUGACGUUAACUGUUUGUACGAGAGCUCUGCCUUCUCAAAACGACUCAUAUUUUGAAAAUGCAAGAUGCUCAUGGUUUAUUAACAUGUUCACAUUAGAUGAUUAUUUUUAAUCAUUUUAAUCAUUUAAUGCCAAGAUUUUGGAACAAUCUUACAAAUGUAGCAUUGUGAGAAAAUGUGGUUAUGUGACUGAUAAUAUUAUUACCACUUGUACUGUCUCUGGGUAUAACAUGGGUUGCAAAUUAGUGAAAAGGUGAAAUAACGUAAUACAGAAACAUUCAAACCACAGCAAAAUAUUGACUGUGAAGUAUGUCUGUCUAAAGAAACCAUGUGUUGAUGAAGUAAGGCGGCAUUAAAGAUAACGAUCGUGUUAAUUUGAAUUGUUACAAUUGCAAAAUUUGAAUUGCUGUACCUAUACAUCGCUGUUGUACUUUUUUGACUGUAACAGAUUGUUGCUCUGGCUGGAAACCUUUUGCUCAUUUACUGCAAAAAUGGUAUUUUAAUAAUUUUAACAUGGCAUAAACCCCUUUCUUAGACUCCAGUCAGAGUGUCUGGUAGCUUCAGCCUUCUGGAAAAACAAAUCUGCUUAUUAAGAAAUAUAUUAGCUACCUGUAACUGCUUUGAAGAGUACUGAAAAUCCUCUUUUAAAAACAUAUUGUAAAAAAAAUAUAUAUAAUUUUUUUAUAGUUACUCUUUAUCUAAUUUAAACCUUAUGCAAAUCAAUUCUGUGUAAGCUGAAUAAAUUCAGUUUUCAAUAUUACUUCCACUUUAAGCCAUUUCUUUUACAUAUGUCCAUGUAUGCCAAUAUCUUUAAUGUUCCUUGUCACAUGCAUUUUUCAUGUUUUACACAUCAAGCAGGUUUUUGCUAUAAGUCCUUGAUUGUUGUGAUGUUUAAGAUUUCAACUGCCAUACAAUUACAACUGCCAAAAUAAUUGGGUGAAUUUAUUUACAAAUGCAUUCAUCUACACAUGUUUCAAAAACACUGCAGUUUCCUUACUAGAAGCAGCAGCACAUAGAUGAGUCACAGAAAUGACCUCUGGGUUUUGUUCUUGUAAAUAGAGCUGGGACCAGAAACGUUAAUCGAUCUUAUUCUUCCAUAUGUCUAAGAUUUUCCAUAUGCAAAUGUUUUGUCUUGUUAUUGAUUGUAUACACUCCAAAUAAACUCGAAAAGAACACAAACAAAAACAGAAA